UUUACUCCCGAAACCCAAGAUGGCUCCUGUGAAUGUCUCAGUCCCAUAGCAAAUCGAGGAUGCGAGUAGCUGCCGAAAAAACAACUUUUCCCCGAGCGUCGCAUCCCCUGGAGUUUAAUCCGUAUGCCGCGGAGGAGGCUGUAACGUCCGCGUAGGCACCGAGCAGCCGUCGGAGCUCCGCGAAACCGCCUUCAAUCCACCAAUUUGGAGUAGUUUCGCGAAGUAGCUCUUCUCCUCGCUGUCGCUGUCUGUCCGGAGCGAGGUUCAGGCAGGCAGCUCAUCCAAAUGGCCGAACCGAGAAAAGUGCAGUUUGUCACCCUCUCGGCCUUCACAGCUGGAGCCGCCGCGGAGUCCAGGAAACGGCGGCUGGAGGAUGAGGCCGACUUCAACUUCGACAGAGCCGGGGAGGUCGAGGCAGCGACCGGGGCAGGAGGUGCCGCCAGCAACGGUCGCCUCGUUAAAACCGGCGACAGGGACAAGGCUGCAGCCGAAAAGAGGGCGACCGUGAGGCUAAACCUGCCCCUGUCCGAGCCUGACGACCGCUCGUCCGCCGAGUUUAAUUACGGGGAACUCAUCCAGAACCUCCAGGCAAAGAAUAAUGCUCCAAGUUUGACUUCAGCCCGCAAUCCCGAUGACCCAUUCAAUGAUGAGGAGAGAGAGCGGCUCCAGGUUGAAGCCCUGGCUAAGAAGUUUGAAAAUAAAUAUGGGAACGUGGGGAAGAAGAAGAGGAAGGAUCGAAUGCAAGAUCUGAUCGAUAUUGGGUUUGGCUACGAUGAGACAGACCCCUUUAUAGACAACUCUGAGGCUUAUGACGAGCUGGUGCCCGCCUCGCUCACCACAAAGCUGGGGGGAUUUUACAUCAACACUGGCACGCUGCAGUUCAGAGCGGCCUCUGAAUCAGAGGGAGAGGAGGACAAGAAGCUGAAUGACAACAGCGAGCAGGUGAUCAAGAGGAGGAAGAAGAAAGAAGGAAACGCUCUGGAGGAGAAGAGCACGAAGAAGAAUAAAGUACCCAAACAGGGAGUCACAGCUCUCAGCCUCCACCGACCGGAGAAGAAGAAGAGAAAGAAGCUGAUAAAGGACUCUCUGUAUCUAGCGACCAUGCUCCGCCGCUUCACCCGCGAGAAGGAAGAGAUGAGGAAAAGAAACCCCAACAUGGCUCACUCUGGCCUGGCAGGAAGCGUGGCUAACAAGCCCCACUCUGGCAAUACAACGAACCACCUGUUAUCUUCUAACUCCACCCACCUGCAGGACAACACAGCCGCCAACGACCUCUCACUGGCAGACCUCACCUCGGACCCCGCUGUGAUGUCACUGCUGGGCUCAGCCAACGAGAAGGAGCUACAGGACCUCCUGGGCGACCUGGACUUCAGCUUGUUGGACACCGACCAGCAGCACGCCAUGGCGACAGCCAGAGAGAAUGGCAUACUGGGAGUCGGUGUGCCAACUCAUAAAGCGGUAGGAGGAGGUGGCCAAGGGCGUGGCCCGGGGCCCUCCAGCAGACUGUUUUCGCCGCCUCCGCUUCCCAAUGGACUGCCUGCUCCUCUUAUUAAACGCAUCGAGGACCUGCGGGUGGCUUCGCGGCAGUUUGAUCAGGAGGGCAGGAAGAAAUUUUUCACCCUGGACAUGAAUAACAUUCUCCUGGAUAUUGAGCUGCAGGUCCAAGAGCAGCCUCCCGAGGUCCGCUCAGAAAUCUACUCCCACAUGGAGGCGUUUGUGCCGUGCAACAAAGAGGCGCUCCUCAAACGCCUGAAGAAGCUCAGCCUGAACAUCCAGGACGAUCGACUGCGGACGCCACUUUUGAAGCUGAAGCUAGCAGUGUGCAGUGUGAUGCCUGAGCAGAUAGCGAAAUAUAACAUGGAGUGCAUGGCUAAGGUUGCAAAACAGCAGUCAGAGGAGGGCGAUAAGAACGGCUCAGAGGAGGACGAUGAGGAGAAACCUGGGAAGAGAAUCGUGGGACCUCGGAAGAAGUUUGUCUGGGACGACAAGCUCAGGAACCUGCUGUGCAGCUUAGUGCGAGUGAAGCUGAGCUGCUAUGAGAUGGAGAACCAGUGCUCUCUGUCUGUGGAGGACUACCUCAAGGCUUUCUUAGAGAAUGAGGUCAAACCACUGUGGCCCAAGGGCUGGAUGCAGACCAGGAUCUUGUUCAAGGAGAGUCUUGUUGUUCACAAUCACCUCACUGGAAACCUAGUGAAAAAGAGAAUGGUGCCUGGACCCAAGGCUAAACCCAAGGAGGGCCUUUGGCUCCACAAACCAUCGCUAGGCAUGACCUCCACCCCAUCUCAGCCCAUCUCCACAUCUGUUCUGACCUCCAACCGCCAGCCCCUCUCCUCCUCGGAGCCCAUCUGUUUGUCAGACUCUCUGGAUGAAGAUCUGACCGUUCCCUCUCUGGACUCCAUCUCCCACGCUCUGGCCCUCCUCAGCAAUGCAUCCAAGGGUCCCACAGACAGCCCUUUGUCUCCCCCACCGCUGCAAAUACCAACCUCUUCUCCUCCACCCGUCGCCCCUCACUACCCCUCAGGCUCUCAGCUUUCUGCCUCGUUAGCACAGACAACGCAGCACCAUUCCCUGUCUAAAGUGGAGAGUGCUCCGCUGACAGCUGCAUCUGUUGUGAACUUGCCAACAACAACGCUACCAACCUCCUCUUCUACCUCCUCUUCCUCGUCCCCGGCUGUCUCCUCCCUUGCUCACGUGCAGGCAGCAGGCCUAGCGUUAGCCUCCAGGACUGCAGACGGUCACUAUGGCCCGAUCAAAGGAUCUGGUGUCAUGGGCCAAACCCAGACUCAGAGACAUGUUACCAUGGCGUCACCCAAUCACCGGCCAAGCACAGUGAUGGGGAAGAUGCAUCCGCACCCCUCCCCCUCUCCUCCAAAGCAUCGGCCUCCUCCGACAGCUUCCCCUCUGCUGCCCCCCCAUCAGAAAGGCUUUGCUAGCCCGGUGGGGAUACUGGGAACAAUGGGAGCAAGUCACGCACUGGGAAAGAGCAGCGCCAAAUCCAGCAGCAAUGGCAGCGCUGUCAACAGCAACGUCACAGCUUCCUCCUCCCCUUCCCCUCAGUCCCGCUCCAACUCUACCUCCCACCAUGGCUUGCAGUCCUUUUGCCCCCCGUCACCGGCCACCUCCUCACCCUCGCCAACCUCCCAUACCGCACACUCCGCUCAAGGUAAAUCCCACACACACCUCCACCACCAGCCCAACUUCAUCACACCCAUGCAGGCCACCCUCACCAAGUCCUCGCACAGCAGCAACUCUUCUCCCAUCAUCAAGCUAACCCCUCGGCCUCCCGCCCCCACCCCACCACCCUCAUCCUCCCCCUCGCCAUCAUCCUCACCGUCAAAUCCGCUUUCCCAUCAAAUAAUCUCCACCCAACAGCAGCAACACCAGUUCUCUCCCAAAACCCCCAAAACUUUCCGGCCCCCCUUCAGUGUAUCAGGUGGCGGGCAGGUGAAACAAACACAGGGCGGCUGCAGCUUCACUGGAGCCCAGAAACCUCAGUCCACCACUAGCAACAGUAGCAUCAACAACAACUCUAACAACAAGGGAGUGGUCUCGACAGUCUGCAGUCAUCCGGACAAAACCCCCCAAUCACCUUCAGUCUCAGCCAGUCACGGGCAGAGGCAGAGGGUGGUGGGUGGGGCCAGCCAGGGUUCAAAGGCUGGAAAUGGUUGGGUGGCUUCAGGAACUUUGGCCACAUCCUCCACAACGUCACACCUCUCACAGGUAUCGACUGCAGGCACUCCCCUCCUGGGCAACCCCUCUGCUUUGCCCCUGGGCUUCGGGAUGUUGGGAGGUCUGGUGCCUGUCUCGCUACCCUUCCAGUUUCCGUCGUUGCUCAAUUUCAGCCCUCCUGGAGCUUCCGGGGCGGCUGGAAUGGGCACAGCACCCAGCUCCAACUCAGGAUACCCGUUAGCACAGAGCGACCUAAUGGAUCUGUAUAAGAGUCUCCAGUCAGGGUCACAGGCUGCCCUACCUCCUCACUUGCAGCUUGCUUUUUCAGAUGCGAACCAAAGCCAGGGUGGAGACAUGAAGAGGAAAUCCCACUGAACAAUAACAGCACAGGAGACAGACAGACGUCACAUCCUCGCCUCCUGGCCACAACCACCAACGGACUCUUCGGCUUGAUUGACGGACGUGAUGCGGUAUGAAGGGGGGAGGGGGUGUUGCUCCCUCGCCUCCUUUUAAAAAAACAAACAAACAAAAAGAGGACAUAAAAGAGUUUAUCUCUGCUACGAGUGGCAAUGAUUUAAUUUAACUGUACUUUCUAACAAACCGGGUAUGAGAACAAGACGGCGUGAAUGACGAGGACACUUGUUUUUGUUCUGCCUUUUUUUUUUCUCCUCUUUGUCAACAUGUUUACAUAUGACUGACCUUGAUCACUGUGGAAUGAGUGUGAGCGAGGUGAUGGUACAGAUGAGAGUAGUAGUACACUACAUAAUAUAAUUUGUAUUUAAGCUCAUGUGGAGUAACAGGACUCGUUGUUGCAGUACAGAAAAGGAAAAAAGAAGAAACAGACUGACUAAUGAACUUUUGUUUUUCUGUCUUUCGUGGGAAUCGUCUGUAGAAGUUUAUCGUCGGUCACCUCUGCUCCCACAAAUGACUGUUAAGUAGUAGCUUAAAUUAAUAUUGAUAAAUUAUUUGUAAUUUACACAGGGACAAAGGUGUGUGUGUGCGUGUGUGUGUGUGUGUGCGUGUGUGUGUGUGUGUGUGUGUGUGUGUGUGUGUGUGUGUGUGUGUGUGUGUGUGUGUGAGAGAGAGAGAGGAAGAGAGACUGUGAUGUGGUUAAUUUUAAAUGUGUGUAUGUACAUAAGAAACACAAUAUACUGUUAAUUUCUUUCCAGAUUAUUCUGUAUGACUGGGUAAAGACGUGUAUUCCCCUCUCACAAUAACGAGCAAGCGUUAAGUGUGACGCCCCUCUCUUGCUCGGUGUGUUUUUGGUGCUGUUAACGAUCACACUGGACCUUUCCUUGGAAAAAAAAAAAAGACUUAAAUUGAAAAAGUUUUGGCCUCCUCUUGCAGACAGAGGAAUUGCCUGUGAGAGAGGGGGAGAAACAAGAUUGUAGUCUACUUGAAUUUUUUUUUUUUUUUUUUUAAUGUUAAGAUUUUUGAUUUCCUUUAUCUGCUUAUUGACUCAAACCAACUUAAUAUAACAAGACGCCUUAGUUUGUAUUGAAAAAAAAUAUAUGAAAAAGAUCUAUGCAGGACUGUAAACGCUCAAUGCAAAAGUGCAAGUCGUCGCUUGGCUUUCAACCUCUACUCAACUUUGUCAGUGCAUUUCUGGAGUUUGAAUGUUUGUAGAUGCUCUUUAUGUCACUUGAGACUCCAUAUUUGUUUUCCUCCCCAAUGUGUGCGUUCAGACAGAAAGCAAAGCGAGUUUUAGGUGCAGGGCGAUAAUACACAAACGCAAAGACAGCAUGCAUGCGCACAAUCAGAAGAAUGUGGGGAAAACGUGAAAGAUGGUACACAAAACGAGUACCCAGUCCUGGGGCAAGCAGAGCCCCAGUGACUGACACUUCUAAAAAGUCUAAAGCAAGGGUGUCAAACUCAUUUUACACACAGCCUGCUUUGAUCUUAAAUGAGCCGGACCACUUAAACUCACCUCUCUGUCAAUGCAAAGUAGCUUAACUAUACGUUAAAUGCCUAAGAUAUCUUAAUAUAA